AUGCGGGCCCGCGCGCCCCCGACCAAGCUCCUCCCGCCGCCCCCGACGCGGGCCCGCACGCCCCCGACGCAGCUCCGCCCUCGCCGCCCCCGAUGCGGGCCCCUCCGCCUUGCCCUGCGGCCGCCGCCGUGGCCGGCCCGGCCUUGGCCUUGGCUCGCUCCGGGAGGGCGCCGGGUGGCCGGCCCGGCCUCCUCCGCCCGCCGCCACCGCCGCCGGCCCCGCCUCGUUCGCCCUCCGCCGCUUCUCGAGCAUGGCGACGAGCUCGUCAUCCUGGAACCCCUCCAGCCCCUCGUCGGCGUCGCUUCCGUAGGCGCCCUCCUCGUCAUCCUCGUCGUCGCUCCCGAGCUGGAGCCGCUUGAAGGCGUGCUCGCUGAGCACGGAGUUGGGCGAGGCCACGGCCCCCGCCGCCGCCCACCCGCGCCGCCGCAGCGCCCAGAGGUGCUAGGGUUGGAGAGCGCGAGCGCUGGGAGCGGGAGGAGGGACGCCAUGGGGGGGAGCGUGAGGAGGGACGCCGGAGGUGGAAUGGAUGGUCCGCCCGUCGCCUUCGCCGUCGCCGUGGCCGUCGCCCCGGCCUCGCACAGUCGUCCGCCCGUCGCCCAGUCGUCCGCGAGUGAAGACGGAACCCAGACGGAGGAAACGGGGGUUGGACUCGUCCGCUGGAUUUUGGCGGACGAGUACAACCCGGACCUCAGCCGAAUAUUCCCCUUCGGGUCGAACCCAACCCUCUCCAACCUCCAUCCAAACAUCCGAAAACGGGAGGAAGAUCCAGAUUUCAUCACCGGUGAAGACUUCGAGUAG